CUGCAGGAGUUCGCUCCAAGGCGCGACUCUGCUGCUGCUUUUCGACCAGUUUCCGUCUCCAGCCGCUGAAGAGCGUGAAGCUGCCGCUAGGUUCUCAUUAUGUCAGGGAUGGCAAGUCGGAUCAAGAAGCUGCGAGGGCAGGCGGAGGGGAUCGGUUCCCAUGUGCAGCCCGUGAAAUUCCUCAACCAGGAUUUUGAAGCACUGCGGCAGCAAUGCUUGGAAACUGGGACUCUGUUCUGUGACGAGACCUUCCCCGCCUGCCCUUCGGCUCUGGGCUACAAUGAACUGGGACCGGGUUCAUACAAGACCAGAGACGUCGAGUGGAAACGCCCCACGGAUCUGUGUGCAGACCCCAAGUUUAUUAUUGGAGAGGCAUCCCGCACAGAUAUCUGCCAGGGGGCACUGGGUGACUGCUGGCUUCUGGCUGCCAUUGCCUCGCUGACCCUGAAUCAUGAGGUUCUUUGCAAGGUUGUUCCCAGUGGACAAGAAUUUGAAUCUGAUUAUGCUGGAAUCUUCCAUUUCCAGUUCUGGCAGUACGGCGAAUGGGUGGAUGUGGUGAUUGAUGACAGGCUGCCCACAAAGGAUGAUCAGCUGAUGUUUGUGCACUCAGCUUCUGGAAAUGAGUUUUGGAGUGCCCUGCUGGAGAAAGCCUACUCAAAGUUAAAUGGAUCAUAUGAAGCACUCUCUGGAGGAUCCACCACUGAAGGGUUUGAAGAUUUUACAGGAGGUAUUUCCGAGUGGUAUGAAUUAGACAAAGCACCAAGCAACCUCUUUAAAAUCAUUCAAAAGGCACUAAGAUGCGGCUCACUCCUCGGCUGUUCAAUUAAUAUCACCAGUGCAGCAGAGACUGAAGCAAUUACUUCCCAACAGUUGGUCAAGGGCCAUGCUUAUUCUGUUACCGGAGCAGAAACAGUGAAUUAUCAAGGUGAUGAAGAGCAACUGAUCCGGAUCAGGAACCCUUGGGGUCAAACGGAAUGGACUGGAAGCUGGGGUGAUGAGUCACGUGAGUGGGAUUGCAUCCCUGGUGAAGAAAGAGAUCGGCUGCACGAUGAAUCAGAAGAUGGAGAAUUCUGGUAAAGUGAAUUCAGAUGUCC